AAAAAACCACAAUAUAAUAAUAGUAAGCCUAUUCCUUUAAAAAUUUCUUCUGAAUCUAAUAACUCAAAUAAUCAAACUUUAGUUGUUAAAAUUAAUGAAUAUAGUAAGGAUGAAUAUGAAUCAUCUGAUGAUAAACUAGAGGAAUCCAAAGGAUUUUUGGUUAUAGAAAAUUCUGAUGAAAAACCUAUACUUGAAAUCAAUGAUACCCAAGACUUUGAGGAAACAAAUUUGCUUUCUGAAAAUAAUUUACAAUUACAAUAA